AUGUCCCCACCUGUGUGGAGCAGGCACAAGUCUUUAUUUUUUGCUGUGGCUUAUGUGAUCCUGAUCUUUGGAAUCCAGCAUUUCAUGAAGGAACGGAGAGGCUACAAACUGCAAGCACCACUGACCCUGUGGUCCCUCAGUCUGGCCUUGUUCAGUGCCAUGGGGGCCCAUCGGGUCUGGAAGCAAAUGGCCUUCAUCCUCUCUACCAAGGGAUUUAAGCAAUCGGUGUGUAGUCCAUCCUUCUACGUCCACCCCAUCUCCAAGCUUUGGACCUAUUUAUUUGUGCUGAGCAAACUCCUGGAACUUGGUGACACCGUGUUCAUUGUUCUCCGGAAAAAGCAGCUCAUCUUCCUCCACUGGUACCACCACGUUACCACGAUGGUCAUGACUUGGUAUAGCUAUAAGGAUAUGGUGGCUGGCAGCGGCUGGGUUGCAGUCUUGAACUUCAGUAUCCAUGCUGUCAUGUACUCCUACUACACCGUGCGAGCCGCAGGCUUCAAGGUAUCCCGCUUCAUCGCCAUGGCAAUCACCUUUUCGCAGAUGCUGCAGAUGCUGGCAUAUGUAAUAAUGAAUAUUUUGAUCAUCUUCUGGAGGGAAGAUAAGGUCUGCCACACCACCUGGACAAUUAUUUUCUUUUCAUUCAUGUUGUAUUUCACUUUCCUGGGGCUCUUCUGCAACUUCUUCUUCAAGACUUAUCUGAGGAACAUCCAGAAAUCAAAGGGGGAAUAA